AUGAGCGACUCUUCCGCCAAUCAGAUCGCCGAAUUGUUGGAAGCAGCGCGCCAGGGAGACGCCAAGCGGAAGGACGAACUAUUCGAGGCUUGCCGAAAUUAUUUGGGUGUCGUGGCCCGAGCCCAGGUCGAGACGUGGAUCCAGGGCAAGGUCGAUGCCUCGGACAUCGUCCAGCAGACGAUGCUGGAAGCCCACCGCGACUUCGAGCGGUUUUCUGGCAAUAACAAGGCCGAGUGGUUGGCCUGGCUGCGAAGAAUCCUGGCCCACAACGCCGCCGACUUCGUGCGACACUACCGCGGAACCGCUAAGCGUCAGGAGCGUCGCGAAGUGCGGCUAGCCCCGCCGGUGGAUCAUUCUUCGAUGGCUGGUUACGGCGAUCCACCUGCGCCAGGAGAAAGCCCGAGUCAAGAAGCGAUUCGCCACGAUGAUGAGCUAAAGCUGGCCACGGCCAUGGCUGAACUUUCGCCGGAUCACGCAGAGGUGAUUAUGCUCCGCAAUCUGCAACGUCUUCCCUUCGACGAGGUUGCCGAACGGAUGGGGCGCAGCCGUCCCGCGGUGCAGAUGUUGUGGAUGCGGGCCAUCAAGAGCUUGCAAAAGAUCAUGGACGAUGCACUCGAUCCAGAAAUUCUGGAUCAAUUCGUUCGCCAAAUUCAGGCGGGAGAAGCACCCGACCGCGACUCGGUGCUGGCCGAGCACCCGGAGGUUGCAGAAUUGCUCGAUUGUCUGGAAGGGCUCGAACGUUUGGCCCCCGAGCGUUCUGGGGUGACGUUCGAUUCGGCGAGCAAUGAACUCACCAGCCCGUUUCCUAUGGGGAAUCAGAGCGCUGUCUCCUCGUCGUUUUCUCAGUUUGAUUCCGACCUGGGUGACUACGAGUUGCUCGAGAUCAUCGGCCGCGGCGGGAUGGGCGUGGUGUUUCGUGCCCGGCAGAAAAAGUUGGACCGCACGGUGGCCGUGAAGAUGAUUCAGGCCCCGCAUGGCGCCACCGACGAACAAUUGCGACGGUUUCGCAACGAAACCAAGGCCGCGGCCGCGUUGUCGCACCCGAACAUCAUUCGCGUCUUCGAUGCAGGCGAGAGCAAUGGCCAGCUCUACUUCGCCAUGCAAUUGAUUGAAGGCAUGAGCCUUUCGGAGCGAAUCCAGAAAGGCCCACUGGAGGAAGAAGAAGCGGUGCGGCUGGUCUGCAAAGUAGCGCGAGCCGUCCAGCACUUGCACGACAGCGGUAUCAUUCACCGCGACUUGAAGCCUUCGAACAUUCUGUUGGAUGAUGAGGGCCGCCCCUACGUAACCGAUUUCGGGCUGGCCAAACUCACGGAAGCCGACGGCGAGAAGACGCAGACCGGGGUGAUUGCCGGCACCCCGAGCUACAUGGCCCCCGAGCAAGCCUCUCAGGGGCGGCACCCGGUAGGGCCGGCGGUCGAUGUCUACAGUUUGGGAGCAAUCCUCUACGAAUUAUUGACCGGGCGACCUCCGUUUCGUGAAGACAGUCCACUGGACACCAUUCUCCGUGUGCUCGACGGUGAUCCGACUCCUCCCCGACGGAUUCGUCCGCAGAUUUCUGUCGACGUGGAAGAUAUCUGCCUGCGUUGUUUGGAGAAGUCGCCCCGCGAUCGAUAUGCUUCGGCCGCGGAUCUGGCUGACGACCUUCAACGGCACCUCAGGGGAGAACCGGUCGAGACCGACCCCUUGCGUGGCGUCGGUCGCAUCUGGCGAUGGGUGCGUCGCGAACCCGCGCUCGCGAUGCGUGUGUUUGCCUUGCUGGGCUUCUUCCUUGUCCAACAAUUCAACUACUACGUGUUUGGCUCAUCGGACGAAACCUUUCACACCCGCGUGACCAUAAUCCUUCCCGUGUGGGUUUUGCUAUCAAUCGCUGCCCAGCGACUAAUUCGGUACGAAAACUGGCGGAUGAUCGCCGGAUUCGUCUGGGGCACGGUCGACACGGUGCUGCUGACGCUCGUGUUAUGGAUUGCCAACUCGGUGGCCAGCCCCUUAAUUGUCGGCUACCCGUUGUUGAUUGUCGGCUCCGGGCUGUGGUUUCGAGUUCGCUUGGUGUGGUAUAUGACGGCACUCUGCAUCGCCUCGUAUCUGCUGCUCGCCGCGAACUACCACGCGACCCGGGCCGAUCUGGAAGCGAUUUUCGACAUCGGUCUCGAUCAUCACGUCAUUUACUCGGUCGGGUAUUUCGUGAUUGGGGCGGUCACCGCCUACCAGGUAUUCCGUGUCCGGUCGCUCAGUCAUUUCUCUGGUGAUGCGGACGCAAGCUGA